AUGUCAGAACACUUCUAUUUCUUUUCGACAGUUAACAUAGUGGCGAACGCGAUACUCAGCCGAGGAAAGUGCGGCCUCUCCAGAGGGAUCACUCGGUAUCUGGUGGCGAUGGCCGUGGCCGAUCUUGCGGUGGUGAUCAUCGAAGUCGGGUACUUCCAGAUCGUUGAUGCGUACCGAGCGUACUGGCUGUUGCUUCCCCCUCCGUUCUGUUUAGUCCACUACGUCUUCUUUUACGUGUCUUUAGAUUGUUCCGUGUGGCUUACCGUGGCGUUCACUUUCGAUCGUUUUGUGGCCAUUUGCUGGUCUACGAUACAGACAAAAUACUGCACUCCAAAAAUUGCAGGCUUGGUUAUUAGCACCAUUUGCGUAACAUUCUGUUUAAAGAACGUCCCUUAUUACUUCCUGCAUCGAGAGAUUGGAAUUGGUGUUUGGGGAGGGAAAUGGUUGACGUGCACGUCCAAGGGCUCGCUUCACCUGGAUCCAAAGUUUGAGUGGUUUUCCUGGGUGGACCGUCUGUUAAAUCCGCUGCUUCCUUUCUUCCUCAUUUUAUUCCUCAACAUUCUGACCGUCAGACAGAUCCUGGCCUCCAGCCGAGUUCGCGGGGGCCUCCGGGGACAGAGAACUGGCAAGAACGAGCAGGAUCCGGAGAUGAAGAGCCGGAGACAGUCCAUUGUUCUGCUCUUCACCCUGUCGGCGAGCUUCCUCAUCUGCUGGGCGACAACCACCCUGGUCUUCAUUUUGCUGCGGUGCCUCUACACGGACCUGGAAACGUACAUUCGACUUUUCAUGGCGCAACGGGCGGGAGCUGUGAUUCAGCUUUUCAGCUGCUGCACAAACACCUUCAUUUACGGCGUGACACAGACCAAAUUCAGGGAGCAGCUGAAGAUUGCGGCGCUCUCUGCCGUUCAUAUCCUUGUUAGCAUUGGAAGGCAGCGUUGA